AUGGAUAUCAAAUCAGAAAUAGACAUUGACUAUGAACAUAUUGAAUUAGAUGACUAUACUGAUCCAAUAUCAAAUGUAUUAGAUCCAGAAACAACGUCUGUUGUUGAUUGUCAUACAUCAAUAAACGAUAUCGAAUCAGUUAUAUUGCAUAAUAACAAAUCAGUAUCACCGAUCAAAAUUGGCACAGCACUUGCUGUAUUUACAUGUAUAUCGAUGGCUAUUGGGAUUCUGAUUGUUUCUUUUACUUAUUACAAACCGACUACGGUAUGUCAACGUACUUUCAAAAGAACAGCACAAAGUGCAACAGGCCACAAUUCUCGACCUUAUUCGCUUGCUUUAGCUGAUUUUAAUAAUGAUAAGAAAUUAGAUGGUGUCGUAGCAAAUUCUGGCGAAGAUAAUAUAGGUAUAUUGCUUCAAAUUACAAAUGUGACUGCAAUAAAUCAAAUAACAUAUUCAACUGGCUCUAACUCUCGUCCAUAUUCAGUUAUUGUCAAUAAUUUUAAUCAAGAUAGUUUUCUUGAUAUUAUUGUUGCUAAUUUUGGUACAAAUAAUAUUGGUAUAUUUCUUGGAGAACAAAAUGGAACAUUUGGUAAUAUAACAACAUUCUCAACUGGAAAUUCACGUCCAUACUAUCUCAAUGCUGGAGAUUUUAAUAAUGAUAAUAAAACGGAUAUUGUAGUUAUUAAUUAUGGUACAAAUAGUAUUAGUAUUUAUUUUAGUAAUGGCAAUGGAACAUUUUCAAAUCAAACGACAUAUUUUAUGGGUUAUGAUUCUAUUACUUAUUCAGUAGCUAUUGCUGAUCUUAAUCAUGAUAAAAUCUUAGAUUUAGCUGUUGUCAAUUAUGGUACAAAUAAUAUAGCUAUUCUUUUUGGAGAUGCUUCUGGAUUAUUUUCUCUACCCAUAAUAUAUACAACAAAUUAUGGAUCACAACCAACAUCAAUAAGUAUUGCUGAUAUUAAUAAUGAUCAUGAACUUGAUUUAAUUGUUAGUAAUUAUGGUACACAUAGUAUAGGAAUAUUUUAUGGUUUUAGCAACGGAACAUUUGAUAAACAAAAUUUAUUUAUUCUUGAUGUUUUAUCUCAUCCACAAUUUGUUACUACUGGUGAUGUGAAUAAAGAUAACCAAACAGAUAUUAUUAUUUUGGAUUCAUCUUUAGGAUAUAUUCAAGUACUUCCUGGAUUUGGUAAUGGAUCAUUUUCUAAUUUAACUAUAUAUAUGACUGAAGAAGGAACUCAACCAUAUGCAGCAGCAAUUGGUGAUAUUGAUAAUGAUAAUCAAUCAGAUAUUGCUGUUGUUAACUAUGGAGCAAAUAAUAUUUUACUUCUUUUUGGAUAUUUUAGAACAUAUUCAGUUACUCAAACACAAAUUUUGCUUGGACAUGAAUCAAAUCCACCAUCGGUUGCUACUGGUGAUUUUAAUUCUGACCAUUACUUAGAUGUAGUUGUUGUCAAGACUGGUACUGAUGGGUUUGGAAUACUAUUGGGCUAUGGAAAUGGCAGUUUAGCAUCAGAAAUAUCCUAUUCAGUUCCUAGUGGAUCCUCUCCAUAUUGUGUAUGUGUUGGCGAUUUUAAUAAUGAUACACGACCUGAUAUAGCAUUAGCUAAUUAUGGUAAUGAUAAUAUUGGUGUUUUUCUUAAUCAAGGUAAUGGAAGUUUUACAAAUAUGUUUGCAUAUCCAACUGGUGAUCAAGCUUUUCCAAUUUCUGUUGUCGUCGGAGAUUUCAACAAUGAUCAUAUAUUAGAUAUUGCUGCUGCUGAUUUUGGUAAUGAUGAUGUUGCUAUUUUACUCGGGUACGGAAACGGAAGUUUUUCAAAUGCACUAACUUAUUCAACUGGAUAUGAUUCUGAUCCUGCUGCAAUUACUGUUGAUGAUUUCAAUCAUGAUAAUAUAUUAGAUCUUGUUGUUGCAAAUUCUGAAACAAGUAACGUUGGUAUUCUUUUUGGAAUUGGUGAUGGAAGUUUCCAAACAGUUAUUGUUUAUUCAACAGGAUUUGAAUCUCAUCCAGAUUCAAUAAUUACUGGUAAUCUUAAUAGUGAUCAAUGGUUAGAUAUUGUUAUAGCUGAUUCAAGUUCAGACAAUGUUGCUAUUCUAUAUGGAUAUGAAAAUGGAACAUUUGGAACACCAAUAUCAUAUACAGAUAUUACAUUUUCGAAUCCAUCGGGAUUAGCUCUUGGUGAUGUUAAUUAUGAUAAUAAUCUUGAUAUUAUUAUAACAAAUUUUGGUACUGACAAUGUUGGUAUUCUCGCUGGUGAUGGUAAUGGUUCUUUUACUUUGGCUAGAUCCUAUCCACUUCUUGCUGGUGCUGGCCCUAAAGGAGUUCUUAUAGCUAAUUUUGAUAAUGAUACUACUUGGGAGAUUGUUAUUGCUGAAGCAGGUAUUGGUUCCGUAAAUUUAUUAGAUAGAUAUAUUGGUGCAGAUUUUCAAAGUGAAAUCAUGUUUUCAACUGGUAGUGGUACACAUCCAGAUUCAGUCACUAUUGGCGAUGUUAAUAAUGAUAAUAUAUUGGAUGUUAUAUCUGCUAAUUCAGCAAGUGAUAAUAUUGGUGUUUUUUUAGGAUAUGGUAAUGGAACAUUUGCAUCUUCGAACACAUUUUAUGUUGGUCUAGAUUCACAUCCACAAGAUGUUGUACUUGGUGAUUUUAAUCAUGAUAAUCAAACUGAUAUUGCGACUGCUAAUGGAUACAAUGAUAGUAUUAGUGUACUUCUUGGAUUUGGUAAUGGUAGUUUUAGCGAAGCAAUUGUGUAUCCAGUAAGGGAAGAUUCGAAACCAUAUUCUAUUGUUAUUGCUGAUUUAAAUAAUGAUCAAAAAUGGGAUUUUGUUGUUGCUGAUUAUGGUCGAGAUAAUGUUGGUGUAAUGCUUGGUUGUAAUUGUGCUGCAUUCAAAGAUCAACAAAUUUAUUCCAAUGAAUUUAGUUUAAGACCAUCUUCAAUUACCACUGGUGAUUUUAAUAAUGAUACGUAUUUAGAUAUUGCUGCUGCAUUUGCUGCAAAUGAUAGUGUUGGUAUUCUUUUUGGCUCUGGUAAUGGAACAUUCCAACAAUUAGUUAUGUAUUCAGUUGGUUAUAAUUCAUAUCCAUAUGAAAUUGUUAGAAAAGAUGUUAAUCAUGACAAUCACUUAGAUCUUAUCGUAGCAAAUUCUGGUUCAAGUACUCUAGGUAUUUUACUAAAUUAUGGUGAUGGAAUAUUUACUCCUGUAAUGUUAUUUUCUACUGGAAACAAUUCAGAACCAUAUGGUGCUGCUAUAGGUGAUUUUAAUAAUGAUACACAUAUAGAUGUUGUCGUUGCAAAUUAUCGUAGUAAUAGUAUAGGAGUUUUAUUAGGAUAUGGAAAUGGAUCGUAUGGAGAUGUAAUGAUAUAUUCGACAACUGAUGAUUCACGUCCACAAUCUGUUGCUGUUGGUGAUUUUAAUCAAGAUAAUCAAUUAGAUAUUGUAGUUGCAAAUUAUCGAAAGGAUAAUGUGGGUAUUUUUAUUGCAAAUGGCAAUGGAAGUUUUCAAAAUCAAGUUGUUUAUUCAACUGGUUAUCUUUCAAUGCCUACGUUUAUUAUUGUCGAUGAUUUUAAUAGUGAUAAUAUAUUAGAUGUUGCUGUUUGUAAUAAAAAUAGAGAUAAUAUUGGUAUUCUUUAUGGAUAUGGGAAUGCAACAUUUGCAUCAACGGCAUUAUAUCCAACAGGAGAUGGAACUAGUCCUCAAGCCAUUCGAUCUGGUGAUUUUAAUAAUGAUGCAGCAAUAGAUAUUGCUAUUGUUAGUCCUGGAAAUAAUUAUGUAUUGGUACUUUAUGGAUUAGGUGAUGGACGAUUUUUAUUAGGACCAUCUUAUUCAACUGGAACAAAAUCUGGACCUAUAUCUUUAGCUGUAGGAGAUUUUGAUGGAAAUGCUCGACUUGAUAUUACUACUGCAAAUUAUUUAAUGGAUAAUAUUGGUGUACAUAUAAGUUAUGGUAAUGAAAUUUUUGGAAGUGAAUCAACAUUUUCUACUGGUACUGAUUCGUCUCCAAUUUCAGUAGCUGUGAGUGAUUUCAAUAAUGAUGGGCAAACCGAUGUAGUUGUCGCUAAUUACGGUACAAAUAACAUCGGUAUUCUAAUGGGUUUUGGUAAUGGUUCAUUGGCAAAAAUAGUAACAUAUUCAACAGGAGAUGGUUCUGGUCCCGUUGCUGUUGCUGUUGGUGAUUUAAAUCAAGAUAAUAAAUCGGAUAUUGUUGUUGCUAAUUCUCAAUCAGACAAUAUAUAUCUUUUUUUUGGACUUGGUAACGGUACGUUUUCUCCUGUUACAUUCUAUUCAACUGGUUUAGGAUCUGGUCCAUACGCAAUUACAGUUGCUGAUCUUGACAAUGAUCAAAUAUUUGAUAUUAUCGUUAUAGCUGCUAAGAUUAAUAGCGUAUUAGUAUUACAAGGAUAUGGAAAUGGAACAUUUGGAAAUCAGACUUCAUAUGUAAUGGGUUAUAAUUAUGAUCCGUAUGCAGUGGCUAUUGGAGAUUUCAAUGGUGAUCAUUGGUUAGAUAUAGCUAUUGCGAAUUAUGGUGGAGAUUACAUAGAAAUUCUCUUGAAAACAUGUUGA